AUGGAAGGUCGCGAAGAUGAUAACCACGAUUGGGAAAGUUUCCUGUGGCUCGCAGAGGUGGAUUGGUUCUGCUGUUUAAACCGACAUAUCGUCAGCGACUGGCCGCCUGUUUACGUCGUUGCUUUCUACUUCAUCCUAGCCAAUUUACACGAUAUGCAUCUCACGCAGAUCCGGGAGUACGCACUCGUAAAGUCACCGGUGUUUUCUUCCUUUUUCUCAUCGCCCCUGACUGGCUCGGUCGGAGAACAUCACGUUGAUGGCGAACCACAAGGGCCUGAGAAUGAGCACUUCAACAGCGCUUUGGCCAAAGAAUCAGGAAUCGCAUGCCUUCUGGAUAGCCAAAAUCACAUUUUGAAUGCGACUCAAAAGCAAAUAAUCACGGCCAUGCUGGCGAAUGCGAAUGAUGUUGAACUCCCCAAGAGGCUGAAAUUCCACAUUUACGUCGGACGUGAGGACGGACGGUCACACAUAGUCAUGUGCAGCUGCUGCGCCUAUCAACUUGCCAAUGUGUUCGUCAAAAUACUGGAAAACGUCGACCGAUACCGCCGCAACCCAGAGCCGAGAAUAGCGCGACGCAGUAAGAUGUCGUCCAUGGUCAGUCGGAUCGUCCAACAGAUUCCACCGCUAGAAUACGAACAAAGAAUGUCAGUGUUGCCUCCGUCGCAAAGUGAAGUAUGGGACGCAAAGCUUCUGUUCACUGCGGGCACAAUCCACCACCGUUCGCCCAAAGUAAAGUACCGAAGGAUAAUUGUCUCCACCGCAGCCAUGCUGCUGUACGUGCUGAUGCCGCACGCCUACGCCAUGACGCACCUGCGACGUAUCAUCCGGUCCGCCGAUCACGAUUCUCUGAUUGCGCUAUCCUCCAUCAUUGACGGGCUGCUCCUCAGCUUCCCGAAGGAGAGUGAUGUGUGGAGUAUCAAGCUGUACUUGGUAAGGGAGUUUCUGAAACGUUUGAAAAUGAAGGGUGCUGACCUGAUGCAUGGCGUGGAGAAGCUGCUCGGCAGUGACUGCAUGGGCGUAGAAGGUUUACUGCUUAAGAUCACCAAGAAAACCAAAAUGAACGGGCGUUUGGCCUGGUUCGUCAGGAAUCUCCACCAUAACGUGCGGACAAUGGCGGCACGCAAUCUACCAGUCAAAGUGAAGAGUCGCGUCAUGGAACAAAUGGAGCAGUACUUCAUCAGACUCUGCUCCACGCUGCUUGUUGCUGACGAGGGCUAUCAGGGCAUUUUCUACAUCUAUUACAAUCUCGUGCGCGACAACCCGAAAAAGCUGAGAACGCUGCGCGCCAUUUGUGAGCGGGCUGACAGGAACGAGUCGUGGGAGGCAAACGUCGAGAUAUUGAACAAGGGAGCGGAGCGCAAUGCGCUCUCCGCGCAGCGCAGUGUAUGA